AAGGAGGCUAACAUCGUUUCAAAAUUCAUUCCUCAUUGUUUCGGUGUCAGAGCGAAACACGAGAGUUUGUAACAUAAUCGAGGAUUGAUCAUAACCUUGUUACUUUCCUGAUCCAGCAUGCCCAUCUGUAUCACUUGCACGCACUCCAUAUCCCACCUCUACACAGUUUACGAGUCCGCGUACAACCUGAGACUCGAACAAUGCAGCAAAUGCCUGAAAUUCGCAGAUCCAUAUGUUGAACACGACUCCCUGACACUCCUCUUGGACCUCAUUUUGCUGAAGCGAGAAGUGUAUAGACAUUUGAUAUACAAUAGAGGGACGGAGCCGCGAAAGUCCCUCAGAAAGAGCAAGACUGGCCUCGAGGAAAGCCAGGAAGAUGAGCACAAACUGGCUGCUACGAAAAACCGACAAAGGGAGAAAGACAGGUGGUGGCUCAUUUUGAAGCUUGCGUGCGGGCUUAUCACUGUUGAUGCGUUUAUCCGGUGGGCACAGCUCAAUCCUGAGAUAUCCGCAGAUGUUUCACGGUGGACGGUCGAAACUAAUAUCAUUUUCCUCCGGAUCCUCGUUGGAUGCCUUAUAGAAACGAUUGCAUUCCACGGAGGAGUGAUGUUUGCUUCACGAAUCUUGCCUAUUGAAAUAUCAGGCGUUCGACAACAGUUCAAAUUCUCGCUCAUCCCUCUCACAAUUUUCUACUCUUCCCUCACAAAGCUUUUCCUUCUCUUUUUGCUCACCAUAUGGCGUCCUUCUGCGUCUAAACCUGGGGGUUCCCCAUAUUACUGGGAUCCUUCAUAUUACAGCAGUUCUCUUGUCACCCAUGCCCUCGAAAUAUGGGACGAGGACAAACUAGAUCGUGAGUGGGUCGUUAGGAAUGUUUUAGGUGGAAUGGCGACUGGAUUUGGACUUCGGGUUGUGCUCGACUGCCAUCCUGUCUUUACGACAGUGGUGAUCCUUGUUGGAUGGUUGGCGAAAACAGUUGUUGCGGGGUUGCUCAAGAAUUGGGUGGGUGGAGACGAGUAUAGCGGGGACCAAUGGAUGGCGUAUAGCAUCCCAUAGUCUCCCAUAGUCUGUUGUGUAGAUUUGAUUUGGAUCGUGGUCUAGUCUAGUCUAGGUGGAGACUUGGAGUAAGGGACCCCUGACACCACUAUAUGCAAUCCAACUGAAAUGAUGCAUACCCAUACCCUUCACCACUAACCACAGC